AUGAAACGAGACAGUCGGGGAAUCCCCGCCACCAUGGUACAUCGAUGGGGUCGCCCGCCCCCAUCCUGCCUGGCGUGUCGCGCGAAGAAACGCCGCUGUGAUCGGGAGCUGCCUUGUAUGAAUUGCAAGUUGCGGAACAUCGACUGCGCAUACGAUGGGAGUGGUCAUGACGGUCAGACUGCGACGCAGUCCCCUGCCCCAAGGACAAAUGGCCAGGAGCCAGGUUCUUUGAAGCCGGAAGAUGUUCUAUAUCGACUUCGUCAUCUUGAAGAAGCAGUAUUCAACAAAUCAAACCAGACCUCUCAUACCAACACCCCCGAAUUUACAGCGUGGACACAACGCCCGACACAAGACACAAUUCAGUUUACUCCAUUUGGUCUCCACGUCUUGUCCAGUCGCCCAAGUGAACCAGCCCAGGACCCAAAGUUCAUAGCCAGCCACCUUCCUCCCCGAGGGCAGGCAAGAGAGUUACUCAAUCAUUUUGUUAAAACCUUACAGCCCACAAUCGCAAUUCUUCACAUUCCAUCUACCAGAGAAUUGAUGGAAGAAACUUAUGAAAAGAUGGCCACGGGCAGCGUGCCCGACAUGGCCAAUCUGAUUUUAUUUCUGGUCAUCUUCGCUGGUGGCUCGCUUGCCUGGUCUUCCCAGCUUUUGGAGCGCCUCAAUGCCACACAAGCAGAGGCAAGGGCCGCUUUUACAGCCUACUCCCGACUGGCCCUGUCCGUCGUGGAGGACGAUGCGCAUCCUGUGGCCCCGUCCACCAUCGCUCUGGCGUCUAUGAGUAUACUGUCCCAUUUGAUCACCAAUUCCGACGGCUUUGGGCUCAAAAUACAUAUGCUUCGAAUGCGUUGCCUGUUGAUGAUGCGCGAGCUGAGGAUUAACCGCUUGGACACUCCCGCGAGCGUCGAAGAAAGGAGACUCAAAGGGUGCAACAUGAUUGAGAUUGAAGUCCAGAGACGGAUCUGGUGGAGCAUGGUCGCAUCUGAUUGGCUAAUUGGGUUUUCCGGCGGCCACCACGAGGGCGCGUACAUAUACCAAACAAAGCACAUGCAGGUCAACUACCCAGCUAAUACCGACGAUGAGUUCAUCACACCCACCUCGACCGAUAUUGACCUACCCUCUUCUGUUCCAACGGCAAUGAGCGGAUUUCUUUUCCGAGUGAAGACGGCGAACCUCUGCCGUGAGAUCGUGGAUGACAUGCCGUCGGUUCUAUUGGAUGACAAUGAAGCAGACUACAACAUUGUGCUGGCGAUGGACGAGAAGUUCCAGACCCUAUUCAAAGAAUUGCCAUGGUUCCUCAAACUCGACCCGGAAAACGUUGAAAAAAGCAAGGAGGUUGUCAAGCAGCGGCCUUGGAUCGCCUUCGGCCGCAUCGCCGGUAAUUUCAGUCUGCACUCGCGUCUCUGUCGACUCCACCGGCCCUACCACCUGGAGGGCAUGACGAACCCCAAAUACGCCUAUUCCCAUGAAGUGUGUAUCCGGUCUGCGCAGACGGUGCUCGAGCUCCGACGCCAGAUGGACGAGGCCGGCGCGAGGAUCGAUAUCCAGCCCUCGCGGUUUUGGACGGUCAUGCAGCAUGUCUUUGUGGCAGCGCUUGUGCUGGCUACGGAUGUGUCGUUCAGCCCCGAUGCGCCAGACGCCGAGACUCGCAAGGCCAAAGUGCUCAUGGCUUACCAGAUUCUCGAAUCGUCCAAACAGGAAUCUAGUACUCUGGUUGAGAGCAUUCAGCGCAAUCUGCAGAUUCUAAUGUCUACGCUGCAGAAGGAGCGGGUCCAGCAGCCCCGAGAGUCUACUGUCCGUUCAUCUGGGGAGGCCAUUUCUUCAGGGGUGUUGCAUGACGCAUUCCGCGACGAGCCUCUCAGGAGUGGCACGACGGAGUUGAAUUGGGAUCAGCUGUGGACCGAGUUUCUGGCUGUGGCACCCGACUUGGACGCGCAGCAGUGGAACUCCUUGCUGGAUGAUGUAGACUUGAAUCCCGCCCUGUUUUAA